CUUCUGUCUGCACGCUGUACACAUCCCAUUGGUCAGGAGGCACGAGCGAGGAUUCUGAUAGGCGGAGCCGGCUGUCACUUAGAGCCGACGACAGCGCUGAUUGGCUGGCGUGCCCGCACUUAAGGCAGCCGAUUGGUCGACGGGUAUCCUUGUGGCUGCCUGGAGAUGACAGGCCAGUGGUGCUGAUGCUGUGACAAUGGGAGUCAUCCAGAAGAUCAGCAUCAUCUGGACCGAGCGUGCUUAACACCGCGGCGGCACGCGCACAGCUCGCUGCACCGGGACGGGGACGCAGCUGUGAGGAAACACGCGCAGGAAGCUGCGGCUGCUGCUCCGACAAGGUGAUGGGAGCGUUCAGCCGACAGAAGUUCUUCCAGGAGCUCGCUCACGGCUGCCUGCUGCCUACAGCUCAGCAGGGCCUGGAGCAGGUGUGGCAGCUGCUGGUGAUCUGCCUGCUGUGUCGGCUGCUCUGGAUGUUGGGCCUCCCCUCGUUUGUGAAGCACCUGGGCACCAUCGCCGGAGGCUUCUACACCCUCUACCUGUUCUUUGAGCUGCACAUGAUCUGGGUGGUGCUCCUCAGCCUCCUCUGCUACCUCUUCCUCUUCCUGUGCCGCCACUCCACCAUGCGAGGCACCUUCCUCUCCAUCACCGUGCUCAUCUACCUGCUGCUGGGAGAGCUGCACAUGAUGGACACCACCAACUGGCACAAGAUGAGAGGUUCACAGAUGGUGGUGGCCAUGAAAGCCGUCUCUCUGGCCUUCGAUCUGGACAGAGGAGUCGUGGCCAGCGUGCCGUCGCCCAUCGAGUUCAUGGGCUACAUUUACUUUGUGGGCACCGUCAUCUUUGGUCCCUGGAUCAGCUUCAACAGCUACAAAGACGCUUUAGAAGGACGUCAGCUGAGCCUGUCGUGGCUUGUGAAGGUGUCUGUGAGCUGGAUGAAGAGCCAGGUGUGCCUUGUGGUUUCCAACUGCGUGGCCCCUUACCUCUUCCCGUAUUUCAUACCAGUGUAUGGAGACAAGCUGCUACGAGGCAAAAAGAGGAGGAAGAUCAGGUGGCUGCUGGCGUACGAGAACACGACGUCUUUCCACUUCAGUAAUUACUUUGUUGGUUUUUUGAGCGAGACCACGACGACUCUGGCCGGCGGCGGCUUCACUGAGGAGAAAGAAAACCUCAAAUGGGACUUGACUGUAUCCAAGCCCCUGAGUAUAGAGUUCCCCCGCUCGAUGGUGGAGGUGGUGACGUCGUGGAAUCUGCCCAUGUCUCGCUUCCUGCACACCUAUGUUUUCAAGAGCGCUCUCAAAUUCGGGACGUUCUCCGCCAUCAUGGUGACGUAUACGGCCAGCGCCUUUCUGCACGGUUUGAGUUUCCAUCUGGGUGCAGUUCUUCUAUCUCUUGGGUUCAUCACGUACAUCGAGCACGUGCUGCGGAAAAGGCUUGCAGCCAUUUGUAAUGCCUGUGUCCUCUCAAAGAAAUGUCAGCCACACUGCACUCACCGGAACAAAAAGAAGCUCUGGGUUUAUCUCAUCAACAUCGCAUUCAGCGCUUUGGCAGUCCUGCACCUGACGUACCUGGGCUCUGUGUUCAACUCCAGCGUGGACUACAUGGAGGAGGAUGAGGGCGACAUCGGCCAUCACACCGUGCAGAAGUGGUCGGAGCUGAGCUGGACGAGCCACUGGGUCACGUUUGGAUGCUGGAUAUUGUACCGUCUCAUCCUCUGACAACAAGAGACGGAGCACGAGAAGCAAUAACGAGAGACGUGCGGCUCCACGUCUGCACUGUGACGCUGUUCUGCAGAAUCUACAGCAGUAAACCAACACGCAGCGUUCAGGUCGCACCGCAUGUCGGCUGCGUAAUCUUUCAUCGUAACCUGCUGGGGACUGGUUCUGAUAUCCGUGAAACGAUCCUCCCCCCCCCCCCC